CGGUUACAGGCCAACAUUUUGUGUACUUAUGUUCUAUCCCUGCAAUUUCGCUUCUAUCGCUCAUCCUCUCUGCUGUAUUUUACUCUCAACACCAAACACGUGACUCUGACAGUUUCAUUUUAUAAACACAUUGAAGUGUUUGUUACUUUGUUUAACUUUUUUAAGAUUCGAAAGCACGAAAACAAAAAUAGUGAACUUUUGUCAGUGCUGCUUAGUUGUUCAAAAAGCAAAGCUUUCAACUUCACCCUUUUUUCAUGUCCUCGGUAUUGGGUUUCCGGGUCUCACCCGUUUCUGCCAUAAGCUCCGUUAGAUGGCAUCGGUUUCGAGUUCAGGCUCAGAGCUUGGAUGGUCGAAGUUCGACGGUAUUGUCCUCUGAAUCUGAUUCAGUGAAUGGAGCUUCUCUGGUUGUUGAGACACAGAAAAAUGGUUCUAUGAUUGAGGAGGAAAGGGAUGUGAGGUUGUUGCGUCCUAUAGUUGAAGAUAAGAAGAGCAAUAAGGAAGACUUAGCACCCCUUUGGGAUGAUGGUUAUGGAACUGUGACUGUGGAAGAUUACUUCGAUGCAGCCAAGGAGUUGUGCAGGUCUGAUGGUGGCCCACCUCGCUGGUUUUGCCCCGUUGAAUGUGGUUCUCCUUUGAAAGAUUCUCCCACUCUUCUGUUUCUACCUGGGAUUGAUGGCACAGGAUUGGGCCUCUCUUUGCACCAUAAAGCUCUUGGGAAGGCUUUUGAAGUUCGUUGCUUGCAUAUUCCUGUUAAUGAUCGAACACCAUUUGAAGGACUGGUGAAACUUGUUGAAGAAGCUGUUAAACGUGAGUAUGCUGUGUCUCCAAAUAAGCCAAUUUAUCUGGUAGGUGAUUCCUUUGGUGGAUGCCUAGCACUUGCUAUUGCUGCUCGUAAUCCAACAAUUGACCUAGUACUGAUAUUAGCCAAUCCAGCUACAUCCUUUGGCAGAUCUCAGUUACAACCUUUGUUUCCUCUCUUGGAUGCUUUGCCUGACGAACUGCAUGUAGCUGUUCCCUUUCUUCUUAGUUUUAUUAUGGGUGAUCCAUUGAAGAUGGCAUCAGUCAAUAUCGGAAAUGGGAUUCCUCCGACAAAGAAAAUUGAGCAAUUGUCAGGCAACCUCACCGCAUUGCUCCCAUGUCUUCCUGAGCUGGCUAAUGUUAUACCAAGGGACACUCUUCUUUGGAAGCUGAAACUUAUUAAAUCAGCUGCUGCAUAUGCUAAUUCGCGUCUCCAUGCUGUCAAAGCUGAAGUACUUGUGCUUGCUAGUGGCAAGGAUUACAUGCUUCCCAGUGUAAAUGAAGCUCAAAGACUUGCGGGCUCAUUGCAAAACUGCAAAGUUCGUAACUUUAAGGACAACGGACACACCCUUCUCUUGGAAGAUGGUAUUGGUCUGCUGACAAUCAUCAAGGGGACUUGCAUGUACCGUAAUUCAAGGGGGCAUGAUUUGGUCAGGGAUUUCAUUCCUCCCAGUUUGACAGAAUUCAGAUAUGCAAUGGAUCAAGUAGUUGGAUUAUUUCGUUCUCUUACUGGAUCCGUAAUGUUUUCAACUUUGGAAGAUGGAAAGAUUGUAAAAGGUCUCUCUGGUGUUCCAGAUGAAGGUCCUGUCUUACUCGUUGGUUACCACAAUUUGUUGGGGUUAGAGCUUGUCCCACUUACACAUGAAUUCUUAAGUCAGAAAGGUAUUAUGCUUCGUGGAAUAGCCCACCCUGAGCUAUUUACAAGGAAAACGGAGAUUUUUUCUUCUGAGUUUUCUCUGGUUGAUUGGGUUAAGGUACUUGGUGGGGUUCCUGUCUCAGCAAGCAAUCUUUUUAACUUACUUUCAACAAAAUCACAUGUUCUCCUAUAUCCUGGUGGUGCACGAGAGGCUCUCCAUUACAAGGGGGAAGAAUACAAGUUGAUUUGGCCUGAGCAUCCGGAAUUUGUGAGAAUGGCAGCACGAUUUGGCGCCACGAUUGUGCCAUUUGGAGCUGUAGGCGAAGAUGAUAUUGCUGAAAUUGUUCUUGACUACAAUGACUUAAUAAAGAUCCCUCUAGUCAACGAUUACAUCAGAUCUAUGAAUAGUGACUCAGUCAAGUUUAGAGAUGAGGCAAGUGGUGAGGUGGCAAGCCAAAAUCUCACUAUUCCAGUGCUUCUACCCAAAAUACCUGGUCGCUUAUACUAUCUAUUUGGGAAGCCCAUAAGAACAAAAGGCAUGGAGAAGAUGCUAAAAGACAAAGAAAAUGCUAAACAACUGUACCUGCAGAUUAAGUCUGAAGUUGAAGGCAAUAUAGAUUACUUGAUCAAGAAGAGAGAGGAGGAUCCAUACAGGAAUUUAAUCGAUAGGAAAAUAUAUCAGGCAUUUUAUCCUCCUGAAAUUGAUCAUACUCCAGCUUUUAAGCCAUGAAAAAUGUGUUGGCAUUAAUAUAAGACUACAUUUUUUUUUUUUUCAUUUUAAUGUUUAUUUUGGAAGCAGAUAUAUGUACAUGGUCAUCAUUAUAAUUAAAAAAUGGUGCUUUCUAUGUACCCAAAAAAAAAAAUAUGGUGCUUU